UCUACUCUGGGAAGCACCAACAAACCCCGCACUACCACCGCAGCAGCAGGCAGCUGGUGACUGGUGUUGUGCCGACUCCACCGCCCCCUUCUCCUCCCAUCCCCGCUUCUCAGAUCUCGAUCCGAUCCCUCACCUUCUCCACCGUCACCUCGCUUCUCUCCACCUCCUUCCCUUUGCCCCUCGAACGAAGCCCUAGCGGAUGCUCAGCUCACUCCAGACGCCUCGGAUCUGCAGAUCUCCGCCUCUCGCCGCCUCCGUCUACUUCACUGAGAACUGAAGUUAUGGCAAAGGCGAGAACACAUUUUUCUACUCAUGAUGCAUCUCCACGGUCCUUUAAGAAUAGGGAGUGGGACAUGUCUAGAUGGUCUGAGUACAUAAGUCCUGAUGAAUCUUCUCCUUCAACAUCUAUGAGCUGGAAAAAUUCAAGUUCUGAGGCACCACCAAACUCCGGAACUGGCCACAAGGCAAUAAAUAUAGAGUGGGUGGUUCAACUUUCAAAAGUUGCAGAAGGUUUGUUAGCGAAAAUGUACAGGUUAAAUCGGGUCUUGGACAGACCAGAUCUGGGGGCACAUGUGUUUUCAGAUGUUUUUUGGAAAGUUGGAAUAAUUCCAAACUUUCCCAGAGUAUGCAUACUUUUGUCAAAGAAGUUUCCUGAACAUCCUAACAAAUUACAACUGGAUCGAGUUGAUAAACUUGCUUUGGAUGCUUUGAGUGAAAAUGCAGAAGAUUAUUUGCAGAAACUAGAACCUUGGGUCAUGCUACUGCUUGACUUAAUGGCAUUUCGUGAACAAGCUCUUCGCGUUAUUUUAGAUCUGAGCAGUACAGUCAUCACAUUACUGCCCCAUCAAAAUUCUCUUAUUUUGCAUGUAUUUAUGGAUCUCUUCUGUGCAUUCGUAAGAGUAAAUCUUUUAUCCGACAAGAUACCUAGAAAAAUGAUGCUCCAGGUUUACAACUUAUUAUAUGCCAUGUUAAAAGGUGGCCGCGAUUGUGACUUCUACCAUAGAUUGGUUCAGUUUGUAGACUCUUAUGAUCCACCAGUGAAAGGACUGCAAGAAGAUCUAAAUUUUGUUAGCCCUCGUAUUGGAGAGGUUCUUGAGGCUGUAGGCCCCAUUAUUUUUCUUUCUACUGAUACCAGAAAAAUGAGAAAUGAGGGAUUUCUAAGUCCCUUUCAUCCUCGUUAUCCCGACAUACUUACCAAUUCUGCUCACCCAAUGAGGGCCCAAGACUUGGCAAAUGUUACAUCCUACAGAGAAUGGGUUCUAUUUGGCUAUCUAGUAUGUCCUGAUGAACUACUUCGAGCUACUAGCAUCGACAUUGCUAUGGUAGUAUUGAAGGAACACUUGGUUCUCACUUUGUUUAGAGAUGAGUAUGAGCUAUUACAUGAAGAUUAUCAGCUUUAUGUUCUUCCAAGCAUUUUGGAAUCCAAAAAGUUAGCUAAAUCUGGACGAGCGAAACAAAAAGAGGCAGAUCUGGAAUAUAAUGUUGCAAAACAAGUUGAGAAGAUGAUAAGUGAGGUGCAUGAACAGGCAUACACAACAUGUGAUGCCAUACAUCGUGAAAGAAGAACCUUCCUGAAACAAGAAAUUGGAAGAAUGGUCCUUUUUUUCACUGACCAACCAAGUUUAUUAGCACCUAACAUUCAGAUGGUCUUUUCUGCUCUUGCUUUGGCCCAGUCAGAGGUAAUUUGGUACUUUCAGCAUGUUGGAAUUCAGCCAAAACCCAAAGCAGCACGUGCAAUACCGAUUGAGAUUGAUGCAGCGGACCCGACUAUUGGUUUCUUGCUUGAUGGAAUUGACAAGCUCUGUCAUUUAAUUCGCAAAUAUAUGGCUGCAAUAAAGGGUUAUGCACUUUCAUAUUUGUCAUCUGCUGCUGGGAGAAUACGCUUUUUACUUGGAACUCCUGGUAUGGUGGCUCUGGACAUAGAUUCCACAUUGAAGACCCUCUUUCAGCAAGUUGUUCAUUGCCUCGAAAACAUACCGAAGCCUCAAGGAGAGAAUGUCUCAUCCAUUUCAUGUGAUCUUUCUGAAUUGCGCAACUACUGGUUAUCAAUCUUAAUGAUAGUUACAUCUUCACGAUCUUCUGUAAACAUUAGGCACUUGGAGAAGGCUACAGUGUCCACUGGAAAGGAAGGGUUGUUAUCAGAAGGAAACACUGUGUAUAACUGGUCAAGAUGCGUUGAUGAACUCGAGAGUCAACUUCUAAGAUACGGAAGCUUUAAAAAACUGUAUUUCUACCAUCAACAUCUAACAGUUGUGUUUAGGAAUACAAUGUUUGGCCCUGAAGGAAGACCGCAGCAUUGCUGUGCAUGGCUUGGAGUUGCAAGUAGUUUUCCACAAUGUGCCUCUGCAAUACUUCCUGAUGAGGUGGAUAAAAUAGGAAGAGAUUCGAUAUUAUAUGUUGAGUCCCUGAUUGAGUCCAUCAUGGGUGGAUUGGAAGGUCUUAUCAACAUCCUGGACUCAGAAGGUGGAUUAGGCUCAUUAGAAACACAGCUUAUCCCUGAGCAAGCUGCAUUUUAUUUAAAUAACAUGCUAAGAGGUUCAGCUGCCUCUUUCAAAUCACCAAAAGGAUUAUCUAUCCAAAAACCUGGACAUGAGAGCCAUCCAGAAAACAGCAAUUCUGUGAAAAUGUUGGAAGCUGCCUUGCAGAGGUUGACUAAUCUUUGUUCUGUCUUGAAUGAUAUGGAACCUGUAUGUGUACUCAAUCAUGUUUUUGUCCUGCGUGAGUACAUGAGAGAAUGUAUACUUGGCAACUUCAGGAGAAGGCUUCUUGCAGUUUUGAUAACGGAUAACUAUCUUCAGCGUCCAUCAGUGAUAGAGUCUCUCAUACAGAGACACAUCGGCAUCAUUCACCUGGCAGAGCAGCAUAUUAGUAUGGAUAUUACUGAAGGCAUCCGUGAGGUGUUAUUGGCUGAGAGUUUCACAGGGCCCAUUUCUUACUUGCAGAAAUUUGUAAAACCUACAGAAAUGCAAACGGGUUCUGCCAUUGAAUCUGUUGGUAACUGGUAUCUUGAGAAUUUUGUCAAGGAUAUCUCAAACUUCAGAGUACUGUUUGCUCCAAGCCGUCAUUGCUUCAAGAGCUCAGACCUGAUUGGUGCAUACACAGCAGAAUCAUACACGGAUAUGCGAGAACUCAAAGCCCUCAUUCAUAUUUUUGGUGGCUAUGGAUUUGACCGAAUUGACAGGAUGCUAAAGGAGCACACAGCUGCUUUAUUGAAGUGUAUUGACACAACUCUGCGGUCAAACCGUGAAGCUCUUGAGGGUGUGGCUGGAAGUGUAAGUUAUGGCGAUCGGAUUGAAAGAGAAGCAAAUAUAAAGCAAAUAGCGGAGAUAGAAACACUGGUUGGAUUUUGUAUUCAGGCUGGACAGGCUGUAGCAUUCCGCAAGUUGCUUGUUGAGGCUACUGGAGCAGUUCUCGAAGAAAAAGCACCUCUUAUUCUGUCUCUGUUUCAUGGCACAGCUAAGCAGUUGCCUGCUGAUAUACCAGAGAAGGCUGAUAUCACGAAAUUGAGAAGGUUAGCAAAUACUGUGGGUGCAGAUGAUGAUCAUGAUACCGAAUGGAUUCGUGCAAUUAUGACUGAAGUUGGCAUUGGCAGUGAUAACUCUUGGAGCUUGCUUCCCUAUCUUUGUGCUGCAUUUAUGGUAUCUAAUAUCUGGAGCAUGACAACUUAUAACAUAAACACUGGAGGAUUCAACAACAAUGUUCAUUGUUUAGCAAGGUGCAUCAACGCUGUCAUUGCAGGAAGUGAAUAUGUAAGAUCUGAAAGAACAGCACAGCAAAAAAAGUCUCUUUCUAAUGGUCAUGCUGUGGAAAUGUCAGAUCCAGAAACACUGAACCGCACAUCGAUUGAGGCAAAUAUAAAGUCUGCUAUGCAAAUAUUUGUUAAAUGUUCUGCGGGGAUAGUACUUGAUUCAUGGAGUGAUGGUAGCAGGGCAUUUAUUGUAUCGAAGCUCAUAUUCUUGGAUCAGCUAUGCGAACUCUCCAAGUACCUCCCUAGAAGCACUCUUGAAAUUCAUAUCCCUUAUACUAUUCUCCGCUCAGUGCAUCGACAGUACUAUGGAAACUCCAUGAGUACGACAACAGAACUACAGCCGCCAUCGCCAAGGCACUCACCCUUCAUAUCGCUGACCCAUGCGCCAUCUCCAAACACCAAGCCACAGGCCCGAGCUGAUUCUACACCAAUCUCAUACGACACAACUUAUGCUGGUCCCUCCUUCCAGAGGCACGACGAUGCUCGAUAUGAUGAUAUUCUGCGACUAAAACGCAGCGAUAAGCAGCUGCGGAAUAUGAGGAGUUCAGGGCCAUUAGAGUACAGCUCAAACAGAAAAGUAAAAUUCGCAGAGGGGUCGAGUUCUGGAGGAGGCCAGGGGCCAAGCCCCUUGCAGAGAUUCGCCGUGUCAAGGUCAGGACCACUUUUGUACAAGUAGGAGUAUCCAGUGAUCGUACUUUUCUGUUGUAGCAGGUUUGUAUGUAUUGCUGCCGGGAGAUUGUAUUUUUUUUCUUUUACGAGACUUUGAAGUGUAUUUGGUAGUAGUUAAUUUGUUUGAUUACGAUUAGCCAUAUCAUCAUAAACAGUAUGAGACUUGAGUAGUAUAAUGUAUUAAUUCCUUAUUAUUUUGGGAUAAAACUUCUGUAGAUCCCCUCA